GCGGCGGUCCGUGGGACGCUGCCGCGCUCCCCAGCUGUUUCCGGCGCGCGGGGCGGACGCAGGCGCAUUGCCGCGGCCGCGCGCCGCGGGUGUUGUUGUGCGGGGCCCCGCCGCCCCUCGCCCGCUCCGCCGGGGCGGCACCGCUCGCGAGGGCGCGGCCCCUGCCUGCCGUUCGGCGGCGGCCCGGGCAGAGGGGGGAGGCGGGAGCCACUGUCCAGCAGACAACACUACAUUACGGGACUUAACUUAUUGACAUAUAUUUUUUUGGAAUGAAGUAGAAAGCAACGUAGAAAAGGUGCAAUUAUUUAUAAGUUAUGACAGUUCAUUUAUCCUUGGAUGCAUAUUUAUUCUUUUUGAUUAACCCAAAAAGUCUUUGGUGGAAGCAGAGAAACAAAUACCUGUCUUUCUGUAGACCUAAAGCCUGCUGGAGGGCAAAUCAUGCUGCACACUUGAGAGUUUUUCAUACAAGUGAGCCUUGGUGUAAGUGGGCCAAAAGCAGAACAUUUUGGUACAACAAGUACAUUUGUAGCCAUGAGUUUUUAUACUACAGAGUUUCCAAACUUUUAACUUCUUCUUCUAAAGGACUUACAAGGGUGAGCAUUCGCAUGUCACGAAUUAAGAAUACCAUAGAAUCUGUUUCGAAGGCAGUGUCUGGCACUCACAGUGAGCUGGUGUCACGGAUAGCUCGAUUAAAGUCCCACUCAGGUACUUUGGGUAAAGCAAAUAAAAGUAGUGCAGAUGCAAAUAACAUCAGCACAAAUUUAGAAAAUGAUAAGCAAGUUACAGAUGUCAGAACUCAGGACGAUUGCAACAGAGGCCCAGCUGCAAAGAAAUCCACUUGUGCAAGUGAAAACUUGGAAUCUGUGUUAGUAGGUUCAAACAGCACUUGUCAAGAUACUCCAGAAGUUUCAGCAUCUACUAAAAGCCACCUUUUUCAUGUAAGCUACUUUUCUACAAAUUUUGGAGAGACUUACAACUUUGUAGCCGAUCAUAUCAACUCUUACUUUAAUAAUUCUGUUAUGGAACAAGGAAGAAAAAAGAAUGCUUUAUUACAGGACUCUGAAAGUGAAGAGAGGAAUAAGCUUGAUUCAUCAGCAAAUACUGUAACAAACGAAGAAAAGAGAGUGCAUUCAGCAGGCACUUUAGCUCCUGAAGCAGAGAUCUUGGGUACUGAAAAGACAAAUACUGCUCUCCCAGUUUCCACUAAAAAAAGUAUUACAGACUUUCUUUCAUAUCCCAGUAACAGCGUACAAGCUUUUGUCGACAGCUAUAUUGGUGGAUUGGUUCCAAAGUUAAGAUCUGAUACAAAAGUUGUUUCACCAGAAAAGAGUAAACAGCAGGAACAAGAAGUGUCUGAGAAGAGUAAUGAGGACAAAGCAAAAGAGGCCAAGACUGCAGAAGAGAGGGAAAAGCAUCUGUCUCUUCAGAGAGAAAAGAUCAUUGCAAGAGUGAGCAUUGAUAACAGGACUCGAGCUUUAGUUCAAGCCCUGCGGAGAUCCACUAAUCUGAAAGUCUGCAUCAACAGGGUUGAAGAACUGUCCUAUCAUCUUCUAGAAUUUCCAGAGAGCAGAGGAGUUGCAAUUAAGGAAAAAUUAAUCCCAUGCCUGUUGCGACUGAGACAGGCUAAUGAUGAAAGUCUUCAGGCUGCUGUUAGAGAAACUUUAGCUCUGAUUGGCUAUACAGACCCUGUGAAAGGCUGGGGAAUUCGUGUCCUCACCAUUGAUGGAGGAGGAACAAGGGGUUUAGUUGCACUUCAGACUCUACGGAAACUAGAAGAAUUAACUGGAAAGCCGGUUCAUCAACUUUUUGACUACAUCUGUGGUGUAAGCACAGGAGCUAUAUUAGCUUUUAUGUUGGGGUUGUUCCAUAUCCCCCUGGAUGAUUGUGAAGAAUUGUACCAUAAGUUAGGAUCAGAUGUUUUUAAGCAGAAUGUCAUUGUUGGAACAGUCAAAAUGGGCUGGAACCACGCCUUUUAUGACAGUGAUAUAUGGGAAAAAAUGCUCAAAGAAAAAAUGGGCUCAAAUCUUAUGAUUGAAACUGCAAGAAAGUCCAAAUGUCCAAAGGUAGCUGCAGUAAGCACCAUUGUAAACAGAGGAACACCACUGAAAGCAUUUGUGUUUAGAAACUACAACCAUUUUCCUGGCAUAAAGUCCCAUUACAUGGGAGGCUGUCAGUAUAAGCUGUGGCAAGCAAUUAGAGCAUCAUCUGCUGCACCAGGUUACUUCCAGGAAUAUGUUUUGGGCAGUGAUCUUCAUCAGGACGCUCUUCCUCCCUCCCUUACCUGACUGCCCCCCACAGCCUUCCUGGUAUGGUGCAUCUUGUUAUCCUCAAAACAUUUUAAUCAACUACUAUCUGAAAUAAGCAAAUAAGUUCUGACAGGUUUUUAGAACUAAAAGUGGAAUAACCCAUCAGAUUCCAAGCCAAAGCACUGCUUGAAAUCCUGAAGUGUGUUCAUCUUCCAUCUGUACAAGCAAAACUGGGAAGGGAGCUGCUUUAGCCUUGGGAGCUGUUCCAAACUGCUCCGUAACUUAUUGGAUGGGUCAGUGUUAAUCUAUGUAAAGAAGUUUUCUUUCUCUUUCACCUUUCCACCCCUUCUUUCCUUAAAUUGAAAGUAUUUGGAAAUUGAUCUGUGCUUUUAUAUGAAGGAUAGCUGAAUAAACAACAUGAUUUUAUAACUUCUACACAGUGCUUUACACAAUUCUUCAUCCAAACAUAGUUUCUGAAUUGCCAGACUUGUGUGAAAUGCAGUAAGGCUGGUACCUCUUUCAUCUAUGUUCACUUACAAGUCCAGUUUACCAGACUAGGGAAUGUAUAAUUGGUGUCAAUAAAGUCAGUAUUUUCAGACACACAGGACUGGAAUAAAGUCUACUUAUUUUUUUCCUUACUCCAGAGUCUUUGGACAAAGCCCUUCCAUCUGAUCUUACAAACCCCAUUUCCCAAGUUCACUGUUCUUCUCUAUUUGAUGUAUUAUAAUUACUAGAAAGCUAGGGCUUAGGAUGCAAUUCACCUUUGUCAGCCAUAGAGAACUGAGUAUGUUCUCAGUACUGAAGCAGUUUAUUGUAGAUGAUGCUAAAUUGUGUACUGUAGAUGCUAAAUUUUUGGAUUCAAACUUGCUCAUAUAAUCUGAAAAAUCUCUUCUUCCCAGCCAGGAAUGUUUAAACAUUUGAAUUCUUAUAGAAACCACCUUUCAUGUCUGACAUGCUUUUCUUUCCCCAGAUUACAUUUUUUUUACCACAUCUCUUUUUCCAUAAUUAUCGGGUUUGUGUGGGGGGUACUUGGAUGUCCAGGUACCAAGUUACUGCAUGGCAAAUGCACUAUAACUGUCUUCAUGCAGCUUUCUAGCAGAGAUUAUAAAUCCACUGCACACUCUGAAACAACCUUGAAUUGCCUUGUUUUAACCCUGGGGUAAGAGCCUCUGUGCAUGUAGCAGACUGCUUCUUUUAUUUUCCUGGGAGUUAAUGGAAAGUUCAUAGGAAUUAAGUUAAUGGGAGUUCAUAGGAAAAAGCAAGAUAUUCAAGAGUUUUACCUCUGCUGAAAUAAUCAACAUGAAUUGAAAGAAGUACAUAUGCAUAAAUAUAUUUUAAAAUAAAUAGAAUCCCAAAUGCAGUCAUAUUCCUUCUUAAAAUAGCUUUCUUACCAAUAUGUUAAUAUUGGUAACUCUUUGUUCUGAUAGUUCAUACCAUAAAUAUGGGAAUAGUAGAUUCUUUUUAAGCAUCUUUAUUCUGAAAAUGCACUGCAAGUGUAAUUUUAAGUUCCUUGGCCAGUAGCAUAUAUGUAAUGUAUAUGGAAAUUCUUGCUCUUUUCUGUAUGUACACUGUGUAGCAGAUUGAACUGCUUUUGAACUACAUGAAUAAAUGAAGCAUAACAUUGUUGGAUGUUUUUGAUAGUACUGUGAUUUUUAAAAAGGGCAUCAGCACAGUGUGCAUUAAGUGUAAAUAAUAAUUUAUGCCAAAGGCUUCGAAAUUGCAGUAUAGUGUCAGAAAGAUGGUGUUUUAAGAAUUUUUUCAUUGAUUGGGAACUUACAUUAAUCAUAAUCUAUUUUCUGAACAUUAACUGUGCUAGUUUCUUACCAGUUUAUAUAUAGCCUCCCUCUGAAGUGUUGAUAUUUCUAAACAAUUCCAAGAACAGAGUUAUCUAAAAUGUAUGUGAAAAUUCAGAAUACUAAGUACAAUAUUUGUUUCCUAGCUUUCAAGUUUGUGACUGUUUAAGCAUUAUAUAGAGAUUGUGUUCCAUAUUAGCUUUCAAUUGUGCAUUUAAAUCAGAAUGAGAAACACUCUAGCAGUUCAUCUGGCUGAAGGCUCUUCAAAUGUGUGAAAAUACUUAUUUUGAUAAUGGAAAUUUAGUGGAUUUUUUAAUAGUCAUCCUACAUAUUCAUGUCUUAUGUUAUCUAGCUUCUGUUAGAAUCAGAGUCCUUUCACAAACUGGAUGAAGUAGCUGAAUGAGAGUUAUGUAUAGGGUUGAGAUGAAUUCUUAAAGUUCUUAGAUAUGACUCCAGAUGUCUGUGGUGGAGUCAUGGCUGAACUGAACUGUUGGCUUUGACUUGCUUUUCCAUAAUUGUAGAGUUACAUGUGUGUGUGUGUAUUUGUGUACACACACAUGUCCUUUCACUGAAACAUUUCACUUUCAUUUCCUGUACUGGGCAGUCUCAGUGUAAAGCGUGUUAUUUUUUUAAUAAAGUAAUAAAUCCGUUUUACAGUUUUUCUGAUGUCAUUCUUUAGAAAGAGGUUUCUAGGUGCCUGAACACUUAUUUGUGUUGCAGGUGAGCUGAUGACUUGGUUUGUUAAAUUUCUGCAAAAAGCCAUCAGUUAUUGCAAACAGCAAUAUUUACAUUUGGGUCAAUCAUGCCAUGCUAUCUGGUUCCGCUCUGUCAAGUAAGAAAAAACAGUGCAGCUGUUGGUAGAUGAGGGGAGUAGGAUUAAUAUUCUUUGUGGUUCAAAAGAGGAACACAUUAACAUUCAAAGGGAUUUAAUCCCUGUAACAUGCUUCUCCAGGAACCCUGCAAGUUAAGAGACCAGGUCAUGAUGUUACAUUAUGUUACAUUAUAGAAGCUGUAUUGCCGCAUGUCAGUUCCUUUAUUUUAAAAUGUAUUUUUGAAGUACUGAAGGCUCUCCCCAGUCCUGCUACAUCCAGUGACUUUUUUUUCUCCCUCUACUUCCCUCAGAGGGGUGUUAUUUCUUGUAUAUAUUCUUUUUCUUUUUCCCUUUUUUUUCCUUGUAUUGUGAAAAACAUUUGAAGCACUUAAUAAUGUCACUUCAGUAGACAAUAAAGUAUGCUGAGGAAAUUAUUAAUUAAAUUAAUUAAAAGAGCAAUUUAGAAUGUAAGAAAAUCAUUAUGCACACUUCAUUUAAUGGCUUUUACAGUACAAACUAAAUUUAUCCCACAGGAUUAAUUCAAAGGGCAACAGGGAUUGUGUGGUAAAUUCAACAAAGCCACAGAUUUUUCUGAAAUAGAAUACACUGAAUUUAAUACAAAGGACUUGAUCACCUUUUUCUUGAUGGCUUCCCAUGAAUGCAUGGUUGUAUUACAAUUCCAUUUAUUAUAGUGCUGAUGUUGAUGUAUAAUAUUGCUCCAAUAACUGUGUUUUCUUUGAGCAAGAUCAGAUAGUAAAGCAGUUAAAUUGGCACCUAGUCUGUUAGUGGAGUUUUAAUAAAGCACGUGUAACAGGAUGUGUGAUGAGAAUACAACCUAAAAAUAAAAAAAAAAUGUUUGUAGUACAAUAGUUAUAACUAAAAUUUGAAGUCACACCUUCAUUGGAAAAAGAUAAUUCAUGGUUUCUACAUAUUUUUCAAACUUUUAUUAGGUAGCAAAUCUGUAAAGCCAAUUCAUCUUUAUAGCUUGUUGCAGGAGAGGCCUUCAAAAGUGAUUUGCUUAGUGCAUCCUACCCUAAUUGGUUUUACAUGGUAGCUUUUAAAAUUAGAUUCAAGGGUGCUUCCCAGGCUCUGAGAAGACAUAGCAUAUAGGUCACAUUGAAGUUCUUUUCAUUCUUAGGAUGUGCCACGGUGAUCAGUAUGCACCAGAGCUUAUGCAGGCUGCGGUUUAAUAGGUGUAUCUUGUUCUCACAAUGAUAGAAUCAACUCUUUCUUUGUUUCUCUGUCUACUUUUUGCCAUGCACGUUUGCCUACAGCAAUCAAGGCAGUGUUGCUUACUGUUUAAGGAAGAGGGAACUUACUGGCACAUGUAAGUUACAUGGGUAUCUGCAUUUCUUUCUCCCUAAUGGAUUCCAUAGGUUUGUAUAACAGCUCUGAAGGUGGAUGUGCACUGUGCAGCUUACCAGCCUUUGUGAAAUUGCUGUGGUUACUGUACCAGUAGUAUUUUGCAGAGCAGACUGCUUGUAAGAUUCCCUGCAGGGGCUUGCUAAGUGACAUAUUAUUGGCAGAUUUGUUUAGUAUAAUGAAAUUGAGAGUGUCUGUUGUUUAGGCAUUUAACUUGGAAGCAUUCUGAUUUUUAUCUCAAUUGUUUCAGAGCGAUGUUUUCCUAAUGUAGUCUUCAGAGGGCUUGUUGAAAAGAAGAAACAAAACCUUGCUCUCAAAUAAGCUGUAAUCAUUUAACUAUGUUUUUACUUAGACUUUUGAGUCCAUGUAUCUCCAGUGACACUGUUGACCAGCUAAUAUUUGCUAUAAAACAAAUCGUGUAAGAUCAGAGGAGGCUGCGUAGAGUGGAAGAUUGUGAACAGAGUCCAUUCAGUAAGCUCUGUACUCAGUAGGUUCUGCACUCAUGUUCUGAUGUUGCAGCCACAAUUUCUUAGAUCAAAAAGAAAAGUUUUUCAGUUCUUUAUAGUUUUUAUUUUCCUAGGUUGUGUAUUUGUCAACACUGACUUAAAUGGGGCCACAUUUCUAAAGAAAAUGGACUUGUGAUGUUCAUUGCAAAUAAAAGCCCAAGGAUAUGUGGUGUGGUUAUUGAUAUACUUUUGCCUCUUCCCUCAAGGAAAGCUUGAUUUUGAUAUAUAGUGGUCUGGUGCUUAAUAUGUCUGAUGCUUAUAUAAAGACACUCAUCUUUUUUUUAAAUUUUCUUAGUCUAAAUAUGUGAGUCUGUCUCAGUUUUUCAGAACAGACUGUUUUCUUGUUUAUCCUAAUGGCCUUCUGCUGUACCUGCUGCAUUUUGAGUAAUCUUUCUUGCAACUGGACUAUUCAGUUGUUUUUUGCAUGACCCAAGACACAUUUCACAACACUGAAUGAUAUAUUGGAGUCAAAAUUAGCAUUUCUAAAUCAGAAACAAAAUUCAGAGGCGUUAACUUGGUCAGGCUGGAACCCGUGUUACCUUAACAGUAUGAUGUGUUUCCUUUUUCAGAGGAAGAUACAGCUUAGCAUUACUCGCCUUUAUAUGUUGCCUUGCAAUUUAUAUGUUGGUGGUUUAAAUCAUUGUGUGAUAGUUCCCUAUUCAGAGCUUUUUCAUGAUGAUUCUGAUACCAACUGUAUUUUGUCAUUUAGUCAUGUACUUCUUAAUUUAGGGGACUUGAGAAAGUGCAGAACUUUUCCUUCAGUCCUUACUCCCCAUCCACCUGCCCCUACUGUGUGGAUUCACGUACUAGGUAGUUCAUGUCCAAAUCCUGAAUGCUUCAUAGCAAUUAUCUUCAGUGAAUUCACUUUAUCUCAUACAUUUUGUCCAUUUUAAGAUCAAAUCCUUUAGCUGCAAACAUACAUUUCAGUUGCAGUGAAAUGAAAUGUAAUGUUUGAGUCAACAUGUAAAGAAUAAAAUUGUCUUAAGAAAUUUAGGUAGCUUGCAUAAUUCUAUAAAUAAAGGGCUAUAAUUGGAAAUCCAAUUUCAGUUUGAAAUUGCAAUGUGAAAGGUAGAAAUUAGUGGAGUCUGUACAUACAUUUAGAUUUGACAGUUGACUGUAGAGUUAGCUUUCAGCAUUGAUUGUUAUAUGAUUUUGAACAGAUGAAUGACCAACAUGUUUUAAGUAGCAUUUUUAAUUGAUAUAUCCAAUAAUGAGCCACCUACAUUCCCUAUGGGUCACUGCUAGUCUUUCUGUAUUUUUCUCAAUGUAUUUUGAAGUUCCUGACAUUUUACUGUUGUUUAAUAAGCUAGCAGCUAAAAAUGUAGACCAAUUAAUUAGGAAAACUAAUAUCAAUAUGUAAUAGCAAUAGCAUUGAUCAAGUUAAUGAUGUAAAAAUGUAUUGAGUCUAAAUAUUUCCAUUGUUAUCUUGGGAAAUAAAAUUUAAAGAAUUUAGAAAUUUUGAAAAUUUAACAUGGUCACAUUUCACAAAGAUUUGGCUAUCUCCAUAUCUGGGAUUCCUUGCUCAGUUGUAGAGGUUUCAUGUUAAUGUAAUUGUUUGGUGCACCUUUCUCCUUAGUCCAGUAUAUUCUGCCAUAGCAUAUAGAGUAUUUACAUGCUUCCUAAGUUGAAUGUUGUCAGCAAGGACAAAACUUCUAGACUUGAGUAUCCUGGAGUUAUAUGAAUAUAGAAGGAUUUUAUUCAGACCCAUGGGUUGGGGGAUCUUGUUGGUUGUUUUGGUUUUGGGGUUUUAAACUGUACUGUUAACUUACCUGUGUUUCAAAGGUGUCAUAAGAGAACCCGAGUUUGGGCCUGUGUCUGAGGUCAAUGUAGGUUCAGCCAUGGGCCCAGUUUUUAUCAGGUUACACACUGUGAUCUUUGCUUGUAAUAUCACAGCCAAUUCAUCAUUAGGGAAACAUGGUUACAAUACAUACUGUUUUUGUGAUGUGUGCUGUUGUUAGCUGCAUAAUUAAUGUACUUAGAUCUGUCAUGCACAACUUACGCUUUUAAUGAAAUAUCUGACAAUAUAUUUUAUUGCCAAACAAUUCUUCCUUCCAUGAUGUCUAGUAAUAUUUAGCAAACUUCCUCAGUACCCUGUAAGCAUACAUUUUCUGUAUCUGAUAUAAAUCCAUAAAUUCAAUGAUGUCUUCAGAGCAGCAGGUCAUUUUAUGUGAAUUAAUGACUCACUGGGAUGAGUUAAUAAUUCAAGAUAAUCACCUAGAAGUCUACCUCAGCCAAGCAUUCAUUCUAAUGAAUGUAAAAUAUAUUAUCAAAUGUUUUGUAUUUAAGAGCAAUAGUAUUGACAGUUCUUGGAAGCAUCGAUCAUGACAUUUGGGUGUAUGCCAAUUGCAUUAUGGUGUUGCUAGUUUUUAAGGGGGAAAAGUUAUAAAUACUGUAUGGGAAAACAGUUGAACUGAAAAGGAAGCUUUUCAGUAAAUUUUCAAAUGUUAUUGAAUUUAGUUUUUACAUUUUGUCAUGUGAUCUUAGUAUAAUGUCUCUGUAACUGGUGUGGCAGAAGUACAAAUAUAGCUAAUGCACCUUCAUAUUUUCUUAAAAAAAUAAUGUAAAAUAAUGCAGCAAUGGAAAUUUAAUAUUGGUGUCAUUCAAUAAUAUAAAUGCCAAUGCAUUUAAUUUUCAUAUUCUGUACAAACGUUUUCUCUAGAAUUUUUCCCAAUGCCAGUUCAAGGGAAAUCCCUUUUUCACUGCACUCUUUAUGACAAGUAACUUAAGUGUGUAUUUUUCUAGUAACUUAAGUGUUCAUUUUUUAAUUUAAACAUACAUCAUAAUUUUGAGACAGCAUUUCAAAAUAAUGAGCACAAGGUGCUUAUUUCAGGAAUCUAAAGGAGCAUUCUGACUCUCCCUAGAUAAGGGAAUUGGUUCUUUCUGUAAUUGUUAGAAAUUUGGUGUGUAGGAUGGCAUUUAUAUCUGUCACCAAUUAGGGCCUCUGCAGGGAAUCAAUAUAGUGCAGAAUGUAUUAUAAUUGUAUGUAGUUGACCCCAGGAGUCUGCUUCUUAGCAUGAUUUUAAAGCAAGGGUGAAUCUUCUGGAUAAAUUGGAUUAAAUAUUUGUAUAAGGAGACAACUGUAGGUCAAUGUAUGCUUUAUAAAAAAUGACUGAAGUUAUUUAAAUAAAUUUCUCACUCCAACAGCAAAGUGGAACAUACUGUUAGAAUGAAGCAAAAACAAAUUGUUCUUGGUCACUGCAUUUUAGACAGAGAUUUGUUAGAAAUAUUGACACCACCAUCCAUUGCUUCUCAGCAAGAUGAAAACAGUUCUGCUUCUGUCCUGUUUCAUGUUUAUAAAACUUUUUAUAUUUUGCCAAAUAGUUUGUUAAGGAAAAUAAAGAUUGCCUUUCUUACUGGGAGCUUCUAUUCACCAGUUUCAUCCUUAGUAAUACUGUGAUCAGUUUGGCUGAUUACUCCCAAGAGAAAAGCCAUAAUUCAUGUGUAUUUCAAACAUAUUUGUAUAUAUAUAACAGAGUAGCAUAAUCACUUAAUCUUUGUAUUGAAAAGGUUAUGUUUGUGCUGAAGCUACAGGGGGCUAGUUUAUUGUACAGUUAAAUCCGAAUGUAUAGAUUUUUUUUUCACAAACCACUUGUCAAAAACUAUAAUUUUUUAGCCCAGUGGUGCUUUGCUGAGCAAGCCUUAAAACUUAGGAUACAAGUACUGACAUUUUCAUAAUGGCACUGGGUGCCCAGAGCAGUGAGAGGACUAGGCUGGGAUGUGAAUCUUGAAGUUACCUUGAUAGACCUUACUACCUUAGGUAGUGAAAGAAUUCUCCCCUUUCUCAUUCCUGUCUUCUACUCGGAGGAUGUUUGCUGCUACAUACAUAAAUGUAUUGAGAUGAUUUUAUAUACUGAUUUUGCCCAUUACUUCUGGAAAAUAGAGUAAAUGUUUUUAAAGUAGCUAUUGUAGUUUUUCUAAGAAGUAACCCCUUAUUACUAUGCAGCAACUCCUCAAACUCAUUUGCAGCAACUAGACUUAUCCUUAAGCUGCAUAUUUAUGAUAUUUAUGUUGACUAUAAGCAUAGAAUUUAAAAAAUACUUUUCAGAAGUCCACUUAGCCUGUCUUGUCUUGUGAUAGCUUUGUACUAAUUCUGUCUCCGCUUUUUCACAAAGACAGUGAAAGUAAACAACAGAGCAAGUCCGUAAGAGUGAACUAAAAUGCAAAGCAUGUCUGCAUAGGCAGUGAGGUGAAGUGGUUACUAUGGAGCCAACAAACUCAGCUUCCAAAUCCCAGACUUGGCUUUCAUACAUUAUAUAUCCUUCAUUCAGUGCUAGAUUAUUUUAUUCGCAAAGUUUAGGAUAAUUUAAAUGAAACUGUGCAGCACACAAGGUGUUAUACAGAACGGUUACAAGGCUCAACUUGAGUUUGACAGAAUUAGGAAGCGCAAUGAGAGCCUAUGAAUGUGGAGAAUAUUCUUGUGAGAAACAACUGCUCUCCCGUGGUAAAGUAUAGUACAAUUUUUCAAUUUUAGUAUUUUAAUUUCAAAUAAUUAUUUUCAAAGUAUUGAUUUAAGUAUGUCACUGGUGACUUCAUGCCCAUUCACCAUAAUUAUUUAAAUAGGACAAGAUUUUCAGAAAGUCCUGUGCUACCAGGCUCCCAUGUGCUCUGGAAUACUUUCUUGCAGACUUCUCAGUCCAUUUUCCUUCUGAUUGUAGAAUUUGCACCCAUCUGUUUCACAGUGUUUAACCAGGCCUUUCUUUACUUCUAGAACUGUGCAAGCAGGGUAUCUCCAUCAGAGUUUUUAUUGGAGCAUUUGUUUACAAAAGGUGCAUUCUUCCUGCUUUAAAUAAUUAAAGAUAUAUAAGUCAAGUCACAGGGGAGCCUUGCCUGACCCUUUUGCAACUAUCAAAACACUGAUAGAAAAUACUAGCUACAGCUUGUUACCUACCAGCAAGCUCUAAAAAUAUGGUUACUGUUGUAUUAAGGAAUUUUUGUGAAAAAAUCUGUGUGAAAAAAAUUCCUUGGCUUCAUCUGGGAAUAAGGUAUUAAAUAAAACAGAACAACUGCAUAUUUACCACCUGGAAAGCAUUUGACGAAAGACUGAAAACAAUGUCCCAGUUCCUGAGUUCACUGCUUUGCUAUCAUUAGCAAUUUUGCAGUUGUAUUAUGUUCCAUUUUAAUAUUAACUUACUUGAUUACUUCCACUAUUUUUAAUUUAGAAAUACAUAUUUUUCAUUUAGAAUUUUUUAAGAAGCCUUUUGCUUUGCUGCUUGCCUGCCUGAUGACAUCGGGAGAGUUAUGCCCCCUUUUCUAGUAUCUCUUUGCAUUAGCAUUCCUACUCCAGCACUUUGUGUUUGGUGUACUGCCAGCAAAUUAAGUUGACUCAAGUGUAGAAUGGUUUUGCAAAGUUCAGCAGAUGAAGCAGUGUCUGGCACUUGCCACAGCACUGAGCAUAGCAGCAGAGAAGGGAAGGGAUGACAAAUGUGUGUUUGGGAAGUGAAAAAGAGAGUUUGCGAUUGGAUUGAGAUCUAGCUAAAUGAGAAGAGAGGGUGAAAUGUAGGCAAGGCCAGAUAAUCCAAGAAUGGGAGAACAGAAAGAAAGGGAUCUGCCCUGGCUGUUUACCCAACACUGAGACCUGAGUCAAAGCUUGGGCCAGUUCCACCUGUUGUGGAUAUAGGUCAACAGUUUAGUCAUUUGUAGAGUUCCUGUAAGUUACCCUUUCUGUUAAAGAUUGCAAGGUGUAAAUCAUAAACUCAUUUAUGUUAGAAAAAACCUACAAAUACCAGCCUAAUACUGCCCAGUCCAUCACUAAACCACAUCCCUAAGUACCACAUCUGAAUGUCUUCUAAAUACCUCCAGGAAUGGUGACUCUACCAUUUCCCUCUUCAGUGUGUUCUAAUGUUUUCUGGUGAAGACAUUUUUCUUAAAUGGCUAACCGGAACCUCU